GCGGAAGGGGCGGGGCCUGCGCGCCCACAAUGCACCGCGGCGGCGGCGGCAGGUGAGCGGCGGCCCGGACGCCUGGGCCCCCCCGGACGCCUGGGCCCCCUCGCCGGACGCCUGGGCCCCCCCCGCCCCGGCGCCGCCAUGACGCUCUUCCACUUCGGCAACUGCUUCGCUCUCGCCUAUUUCCCCUAUUUCAUCACGUACAAGUGCAGCGGCCUCUCCGAGUACUGCGCGUUCUGGCGCUGCGUCCAGGCCGGGGCCACCUACCUGCUGGUGCAGCUGGGCAAGAUGCUUUUCCUGGCCACGUUCUUCCCCACCUGGGAGGGGGCGGCCGGCGGCUACGACCUCGUGGGGGAGUUCAUGAAGGCCACGGUGGACCUGGCGGACCUGGCGGGGCUGCAGCUGGCCCUGGGCCGCAACGCGGGGAAGGGCGAGUACAAGAUCAUGGUGGCCGCCAUGGGCUGGGCCACCGCCGAGCUGCUCACGUCCAGGUGCGUGCCGCUCUGGGUGGGCGCCCGGGGCAUCGAGUUCGACUGGCGCUACCUGCAGAUGGGCCUCGACUCCAACAUCAGCCUGGCGCAGCACGUGGCGGCGGCCGCCCUGGUCUGGCUCUCGUCCCGCCACGACCUGCCGCCGCGGCUCCGCCUGCCCCUGGGGCUGCUGCUGGCCCUCAGCGUCUACAAGGCCUUCCUGCUCGAGUGGGCGGGGCAGGCGCUGGGGCUGGGCCCCUGGGCGGCGCUGGGGGCCCGGGCGGCUCUGGCGGGGGCCCUGGGCCUGGGCGCCCUGCGCCUCCUCGUCACCCUCCUCCCGGGGCCCUGAAUAAAGCGGCUGACGGCGACCGGCUGA